AUGGCCGACCCUUACUCAAAUUUCUUCACAGGUUGGGUCAAGUUCAACAACAGUCCUCUUCACCAUUACCCAUCUUCUCCACCACAACUGCCUUAUAAUCACAACUUUUACACAAAUACCUUCCCUAUCACCCAAACCCAACCUUACUUUCACUAUCAUCAGAACCCACCUCCUUCUCCUCCGCUCAAAGAAGCCCUACCCCUUUUAAGGUUAAGUCCAACAAGGCAUGAAAAAGAGCAAGACCGACAACAACAGGAAGAAGAAGAAGAAGAAGUAGAAAUUCAAGAACUAAGUUGCAGUGCUAUGGAUGUGGACAAGAUCAACUACAAAGCCAAAGAUCAAGAAAUUAGCUUCUUUUCUAGUUGUGGUGCUAAAAACAAAGAAGAUGAGGAGUCUGUUACUGUUGCACUACAUAUUGGGCUGCCAAGCCCUAGUGCCGCAGAGAUGGCGACUGUGCUAUCUUCUUCCUCAGAGAUCACUGACAAAGAUGUAGAUGGAGACGAAUCUGUGUACCCUAUUAGCAGGCUUAAUAAGGGUCAGUAUUGGAUCCCUACUCCUUCUCAGAUUUUGAUAGGCCCAACUCAGUUCUCAUGUCCUGUUUGCUGCAAAACCUUCAACAGAUAUAACAACAUGCAGAUGCAUAUGUGGGGGCAUGGAUCUCAGUACAGAAAAGGGCCUGAAUCUCUAAGAGGAACUCAACCAACAGGAAUGCUAAGGCUUCCUUGCUAUUGUUGUGCCCCAGGAUGCAAAAACAACAUUGAUCAUCCAAGAGCAAAACCUCUUAAAGAUUUUAGAACCCUUCAAACACAUUACAAGAGGAAGCAUGGAAUUAAGCCCUUCAUGUGUAGAAAAUGUGGCAAGGCUUUUGCUGUGAGAGGAGAUUGGAGAACUCAUGAAAAGAAUUGUGGUAAGCUUUGGUACUGCAUUUGUGGGUCGGACUUUAAGCACAAGAGAUCACUUAAAGACCACAUAAAGGCUUUUGGGAAUGGCCAUGCAGCUUAUGGCAUGGAUGGAUUCGAAGAAGAAGAUGAACCUUCAUCUGAAGUAGAGCAAGAUAACGAGUCCAUGCAAUGA